AAAGGGAGCGGCAUCAGCUGACUUGUCUCGCAGAUCUCUCGGGCCCCGGGGGUGUUCUGUCUGUGUCCGAGCUCGGAGCUGGUGCCAUGGAGGAGGCGAAGGGACCAGCGCCCCGGGAGACCCGAUCGCCGGGGUCGUGCCGAGUCCGCGGGUUCUGGGUUUCCCUGGUGAGCCUCCUGCUGCUGCCGCAGCUCGACGGGUCGCGGAUGCCCUAUGACUUCAGCCUGGUGCAGCCAUUGGUGACUCUGGAGCAACUCCUUUGGGUGAGUGGAAAGCAAACUGGGAAUGUGGACACUUUCAGAAUACCACUGAUCUCAGCUACUCCUCGAGGGACCCUUCUUGCAUUUGCAGAGGCCCGGAAGAUGUCAUCCUCAGAUAAAGGGGCUAAAUUCAUUGCCAUGAGGAGGUCCACAGAUGGAGGUGCCACAUGGUCCCCCACAUCAUUUAUAGUGGACGAUGGGGAUGUUCCCGAUGGACUGAACCUGGGGGCCGUAGUUGGGGAUGUUGAAACGGGUACAAUGUUCCUUUUCUAUUCUCUCUGUGCACAUUAUGAUGGGUGUUCCGUGGCUUCCACCAUGCUGGUGUGGAGCAAGGAUGAUGGCAUCACUUGGAGCCCACCCAGGAACCUCUCUGUGGAUAUUGGAACUGAAAUGUUUGCUCCAGGACCAGGCUCUGGCAUUCAGAAGCGGCAUGAGCCAUAUAAGGGCCGGCUCAUUGUCUGUGGCCAUGGAACUUUGGAGCGUGAUGGGGUCUCCUGCCUCCUUAGUGAUGACAAAGGAGCAUCCUGGCGCUAUGGCGGUAGGAUCAGUGGGAUUCCCUAUGGGGAGCUCAAGAAGCCAAAUGACUUCAGCCCAGAUGAGUGCCAGCCCUACGAACUCCCUGAUGGCUCCGUCGUCAUUAAUACCCGAAACCAGAAUAACUACCAUUGCCACUGCCGCAUCAUCCUCCGAAGCUAUGAUGCCUGCGAAACCCUCAAGCUCCAAGACGUGACCUUUGACAAACAACUCAUCGACCCUGUUGUAGCUGCAGGCGCUGCAACCACCAGCUCUGGCCUGGUCUUCUUCUCGAAUCCAGCUCAUCCGGAGGAUCGGGUAAACCUGACUAUACGCUGGAGUUUCAGCAAUGGUACUUCAUGGUGGAAAGACACGAUUCAGCUGUGGCCAGGUCCCAGUGGUUACUCAUCCUUGACAGUUCUGGAGGGAGCUCAGACUUGGGGGGAUGGGACCCCCCAGAUCUAUGUCCUGUAUGAAAAGGGUCGCAAUUAUUACUUUGAGAGUAUCUCUCUAGCCAAGAUCAGUGUCUAUGGCACUCUCUGAGCCUUACCCCACUGCCGGGAUGAGAAGAUAUGAAGGGUGCCUUUUAGGUCUCUGCUGAUCCAUAGCUGGAGAUUCGUGGCUCUUUCCCAAGAAGUCAUGACUUUUGGAAUAUUCAUCUUCCCUUUGAAAGGGUGAGAUACCCCCUUUAAGACGUUUUGUCUUAUCUCCUCUGACAAACACUAGGCUCUCUUUCCCCCUGAGCCUUCCUUCUUCAGUUAUAAGGCUUUUUUUUGCUUAGGAGAUGGGGCCUCACUUCUAAUAAUCUCUCUCUUAGGGCAGUAGACUGCCCUUGCUCCUAAGUCUACUGAUUCCCCCCUCCCCUCUCCCAUUCCUCUCCAUGAUGGGGGAUGAAUUUGCACAAACCUGAACUCAGGGACUUCUGACUGGGAGGGGUGCUGAUAUUUAGACUGGGAGGUUGUUGGGGGACGGUAAGAGAUUUUGGAUGAGGAAAGGACACCUUGGACUGUUUACAGCUCAGUAAGUUAGCUAAAUUAAUAGUUCUAAUGAAGGAAAAUAAAAUUUGCCAAUGUCUAUUUA